CAUUUAAUAAUGUCAAUGAAAAAAACACCCAAUCAGUCAUCAGGUCCCAAAUUUAUCAAGGAUGUCACACACAAAUCUAGAUCUGAACACAAUCAAUCCUUUGAUGCAUCCUACAGCAAGAAUUACGCACCCACCUUCAGCAAUCAAAGCAGACUCAAAAGCUACAGUCAAUAGGCAAAUUUCUUGGAUGAUUUGGAAGAAGAAUAGUAUCCAAAUUAAAUUAAUGUUGCAAUUCAAAAAAGACCAUUUGAAUUAGCAUUAUAGAAUGAACUUCAAAAAAUGCUAUCUAAAAUCAUUCAAGGAUAACAUCUAUCAAUUGAUGAUUGUUAAUCAAUUAUUAGAGCAAUUGAUGAAUGCAUUUAAGAGAGUUUACAAACUUUGAGAUUGAAAGAUGCAGAAGUCUUAAAUAUCAAACAAACAUAUGAAUUGAAAAUACAUCAACAAGAAAAUACCAUCUUGGCUUUGGAAAAUGAAGUUCAAGAACUUAAACAUAUGAUUACUCUUAAUCCAAACGAUUCAAUCAAUUUCAAAUUGUAGUAGUUGGAACAAGAGAAUGAAAUGCUUAAACUAUAGAACCAAUAAGCUAUAAAAAUGGCUGUCUAAGGAAGAACCAAGAAAUAAGAAAAAGAACUUUAUGACGCAAUGAAUAGUAGCAAAUCAAAAUAGAAGGCUUAAGUUAAUAAUUAUUCAAUCUUGUUGAAUUAGCAAUAUAAUAAAAUUUAUUAACAGGAUAAGAAGAUUAAAUCAUAGUUGUUUUGA